GCAUUCUUCUGUAGCACUAGUAUCAUUUUUUACUCUUCACUAAGAUCUCUGUUAUUCGUUUUUUCUAAUCUGUGUCGACUACUUUUUAACUGCUCACUAGUCAUAAAGCGCCUUUAUUUCUAUAAUAAGGGUACUGUGCUAUGAUGUUUUUAUCUAGCAUAAUGGAAUAUCUAUGCAUAUGUUAGGAUUUAGAUUAUAUAAACUGACAAACUCCAGAUCAUUAAAGAGGAAUCAAAAUUGGUAAGUUUCUCAUAUUGGAUAAAAGAAAAAUUGUUGUCCUAUAAGGGUCGACUAAGACUUACUAAAGAUGUUCUAGACUUCCUAUGCAUAUGUGAAGGUUUUUUCCUGAAUACUUUGGUUCAUACUUCAACUACUAAUAAUAUUGGAAUAAGCUAGACCUUACUAUUAUAUAAGAUAUGUUAUCCUCUCUCCAGUGACUAAAGUGCGUAAAGACUAUCACUAUAGUUUAACGUGUGAAAAUCAGGUUCAAAACGUAGACUCACUAACAUUGCUUGUUCAAUCAGGAAAGUAUAAAGAAAUGACCUUAGAAUCUGAUAUGAUGGACAUCACAAUCACAGGACAACAAGCUACAUCAAGAAGGCGUCAAAUACCCAAAGUUCCAUUAUUUAUGAGAAUUGACAAUCAAAAAAGUGAUGACUAUGAUCCUAAAGUAGUAUCAUUGGGACCUUACCAUCAUGGUAAGCCAGAACUCAAUUUUGUUGAAGAUUUCAAGCCAAAGGCUCUACAAAUGUUCAUUCAUGGAAGUAACAAAGACCAAGAUUUCUUCCUUGAAAAAAUUCUAGGGGAGAAUGAUGAUUUUAGAAGUUGUUACCUCGAAGAAUUCGCUAAUAAGUAUGAUGACUAUGAAUUUGCCAGAAUGAUGCUCCUCGACGCGUGUUUCAUACUAAAUGAUAUCGAGAUUUCAGCAAAAUGGACACCAAAUUCCGCUUCUAAACAAAACGAUACCAUUAAGCAUCUUGGCAUCGCAAUUUAUUUGAUCACUAGACGUGACCUAUAUUUGCUCGAAAAUCAGGUACCUUUUCGCGUUCUCAAGCUCUUGAUUAAGUUGAAAUACAGUGGUGAGCAAUGUAGUGCAUUUGAAGAGAAGCUGAAAAGCUAUUGUUCUCAAAUGUUCUUCAAUAAGCAAGAGGACAACAUGCAAGAAAAUGCGAUGGAGACAGAACCCCCUCACCUUCUUGAAUUUUUUCGAAGGGUACUUGUUAGUGGUAGCUACGAUGAAGCCAAUGUCAGACAAUCACGAUGUUUUGAUUUCAUCUUCGAUUAUAUUCCUGAUCGUUGGAAAAAAAAUCAUUUACCACACAAAUCGGCAUUAGUCACAAAUGUGUUCCGCUCAGUCAUGGACUUGAAAUCAAAAGGGAUUCACUUUAGGCCUAGUGGAAUUGAUUCUUUUAAAGGUGUGAGAUUUACAUCUCACUAUUACUAUGCAAAUCUCAAACUCCCAUGUUGGUAUGUUUCAACAUACACUAAAGUAUUUUUCAUGAACAUGAUAGCUUAUGAAUUGUGCCCAAAUGGUCCUAUUGAUAGAGCUGUUGUGUCAUACAUAAAUUUCAUGAAAUCUCUUGUGAUUUCACCAAAUGAUGUGAAAGAAUUGAGACAAGAGAAGAUUAUAUUCAACACAUUGGGAAGUGAUGAAGAAGUGGUACAAGUUUACAAAGCGUUAAAAACUUAUGGGGCAGAUAAUCCAUCAAUCUUCCAGAAUGUGAAUGGGAAUAUUCAAGAACAUUAUAAUAGCAAAGGGAAGACUUGGAUUGCUGAAUUAAUUGAUAAAUAUUUUAAUAGUCCAUGGUCUCUAAUUGCUUUGGUUGUUACUGUCUUUCUUACUUUUUUGACUGUUGUCCAGACUUACUACGGAAGCCCAUUUUAUCGUUCUCUUGAUCAUGAAUAAUAGGAUAUUUUGAUUUUAUUUUUUAUACAUGUCUAAUGUAUUAAUUUGUUAUGUUGAUUCAUCCUUACACAAUAAUAACAUUACUUU